CCCCCAACCACCGCCUCCCAAACCUACAAAUCCCUCCACGCAACCUCCCUCUCCUUCAUCACCGCCCAAUCCUUCAACCCCUCCCUCUCAACCCGCAUGAACAUCCCCCUCCUGUCCUCCCUCUGCACCCCCUCCUUCACCCACACCUUCGGCCACCACCACGCCGUCUCCGCCGCGCCACCCCUCCAAGGCACCUUUUCCUUCUCCGCCUUCGCCGCGCACCUAGGCGCCAUGGUGCCGCGGAUGGAAUCGUGGGAGCUGAGGGUUGCCGAUGUGUUGGUUGAUGAGGUGCAGAUGAGGGGGGUUGUAAGGGUUAGUUAUUUUAUGAAGGUCAAGGGUGGGGGCGAGGGGCAUGUGGUGGAGAAUGAUGUUUUGUGGGUGUUGGGGUUUGAGAGGGAGGGGGACGAGGUUAAGGUGUGUAGGAGUGUGGAGUUUGUGGAUGGGGUUGCGGCGGGGAGGUUGAGGGAGUUGAUG